CCGUAAUUAUGACACUUUAAAACCCCUAAGGUUGGAUGACUAAAAAAAUAAAUAAUAAACAAAUGGAUAAAUUAAUAUUAUUAUUUGAAAAAAAAACUAAUGAAAGAGAAUACAAACACAAUGAAAACAACAAAAGCUGAAAUAGGAGAGAAAAAAAGAAAUUAAACAAAGAAUAACAAUGUCUGUCUUUAUAUACUUAUUAAAGUAAAAAUUAAAAAAAAAAAUCCACUAGAAGCCGGCUAAAACGUAAGGAGAGGGCUUUGUUUGGAAAUCUUCCUCAUCACUAAACUCUUUUUCUCUCUCUCUCUCUAUUAAUAAUUCUUUUUCACAAACACCUUGCCUUCUCACUCCAAACUUCUUAGAUAAUGCCUAUGUCCUUAAAUUUGUCUUGUUUUUCCCUCUCUCUCUCUCAUCACCAUCAUCAUCAUCAUCACCACCAUAUCUUUCAGUAUAUUUUAGCUCUCUCUAGCUAAUUACAGUUUCUCUUCUUCUUUUCUCUCUCUCUCUCUCUCUAUAUAUAUAUAUAUAUAUGGAAGAAUAUCAUCAGUUACUGGAUUCGAAAAGCUUCAGCGAAGAAACGACGACGGACCGGUCGUCGUCCGACCAAAACGACGAGACGGGGUUCGUCGUAGCAGCCCGUUCCUACGAGUGCGUGUUCUGCAAGAGAGGCUUCACCACGGCACAAGCCUUGGGUGGCCGCAUGAAUAUUCAUCGCAAAGAUAGAGCCAAUAAUAAGAUCAGUAUUAGUACUGCUCGUUAUAAUAAUCGUAACGAUCCCACCUUAUUAGUUUCACCCAAUACUAAAAAGUUCGGAGAAGAGACUACUGCUUAUAAUUAUGCCAGUACUACUUUCAAGUCCCUCCUUGCAAUUCAUCAAAGUAGUAGUAGUACUCUACCACUACAGUAUUUUGCAAAGAUGCCCUCCGAGGGUAUACAUGUAAAUUACCAAACGCGUAAUUUUCCGGUGGUGGCAGCCACCUGGGGUUCCGGUACGGCUAGGGUUCCUGAUGAUGAUGAUGAUGACGAUGAAGAUGAAGAUGAAGAUGAUCCUCAUCAUGAGUAUUUGACUUUGGGAAUUGGUAUCCAUACAUCGAGCAAAGAAGAGAUUAUAACCCAACAACGAGGUCAUCAUCAUCAUCAUCAUCAUCAUCAUCAUCAUGUUAUUAAUAAAGUAGAGAAAAUAAUCGAAGAAGAUGUGGAAGUAGAUUUGGAGCUUCGACUUGGCUAUGAUAAGUACUAGUACGUAAGUUGUUUAUUUAUUUAUAUAUAUGUGUUGUUAUAGUAGUUAAAUAAAGUAGACCUUUUUAAUUUUUUUAUUAAUAAUCACUUAGAUUAUUAUGUUUUGAUUAUUGCGAUAUAUAUAUAUAUAUAUAUAUGUGUGUGUGUGUACGUUUCGUUUCAUUACAAGUCUUGAAAUUAAUUUUGAUUUUGGUUGAUGAGUGGAUAAUUAAGAAGAGAGGAUUUUGUGUGUAUGAA